AGAGCCACAGCAGUGUCUUUCUCUGACCAGCAUCCAAGUGCAACAGGAAAGUCACCUGUCUCUGCAACAAAGAUGCAACGAAGGGCAAUGAGCAUGACUGGCCCCACAGGGGGACAACGCAUUGCAAGUUCUGCAGCAUCCAGAGUCUUCAGUGGUUCUGGGAUUGGAAGCAACUACGGUGGUGGCAACUUUGGUAGUGGCAUUGGAGGCAUCUAUGGCAGUAGUAGCUUUGGAGGUGGCAUAGGAAGCAACUAUGGUGGUGGUGGCUUUGGAGCUGGCAUUGGAAGCAACUAUGGUGGUGGUAGCUUUAGUGGUGGCUUUGGAGGCAGCUUUGGUGGUGGAGAUGGAAACUUCAGCGCAAAUGACAAAGCCACCAUGCAAAACCUCAAUGACCGCUUGGCUACCUACUUGGAAAAAGUACGCUCAUUGGAAGCUGCUAACCAUGAGCUGGAACAGAAGAUCCGAGACUGGCACAGCUCUUCUUCUGCUGCUGGUGGGGCUCAAGCCAAGGACUAUUCCCCAUAUUUCAAUACCAUUGAAGACCUGCGAGCCAAGAUCUUUGCUGCCAGUUUGGACAACUCCAGAAUCAUCCUGCAAAUUGACAAUGCUAAGCUAGCUGCUGACGACUUCAGAGUCAAGUAUGAGAAUGAGCUGGCCAUGAGGCAAUCUGUAGAGGCAGACAUUGCUGGUCUCCGCAAACUGCUUGAUGAAAUGACCAUGGCUAGAGCUGACCUGGAGAUGCAGAUUGAAGGUCUGAAGGAGGAGCUCAUCUACCUCAAGAAAAAUCAUGAUGAGGAAAUGCAGUCUCUGCGCAACUCAGUGUCUGGGUCCGUCAAUGUGGAGGUGGAUGCUGCUCCACAGGAAGACAUGGCUAGGGUGCUUGAAGAGAUGCGGGCACAGUAUGAAGCCAUCGUAGCAAAGAACCAACGUGACAUGGAGAACUGGUACAAGAACAAGUUUGAUGAACUGGACAAGCAGGUAUCCACCAAUACUGAAGCCCUCCAGUCAUCAAAGACAGAGAUCAGUGACUUGAAGAAGACUGUCCAGGGUCUGGAGCUUGAACUACAAGCUCUUCUUACACAGAAAGCAGCUCUUGAAAAUACUUUGGCUGAGACUGAAGCCAGGUAUAGCACACAGCUCCUCCAACUACAAGAUGUAAUCAACAGACUAGAAGGUGAACUGAUGGAGGUCAGGCAGAGCAUGGAGCGCCAGAGCAAUGACUACCAGAUGCUACUGGAUGUGAAGACCAGACUGGAGAUGGAGAUUGCAGAGUACAGGCGACUGCUGGAAGGAGAGGACGUGGGAGGUUCGAGAGGAUCAGGAUCAGCAUGGGGAUCAGGAGGAGGAGGAGGAGGAGGAGGAGCAGGGUUUGGGGCAGGAGGAAGAGCAGGAGGAGGAUCAGGAGGAGGAGCAGGAGGAGGAUCAGGAGGAGGAGCAGGAGCAGGAGUAGGAGCAGGAGGAGGAGCAGGUGGAGGAGCAGGAUUAGGAGCAAGUGGAGGAAAAGGUGGCUCUGGAUUAGGGGAAGCAUCAAUCAGUGCAUCUUCAUCUUCCUCAGUGACCAAAACCGUGCCUGAAAUGGCAAGAGAACCCGUCCGCACCAGGAAAGUGAAGAAGCUGGUGGAAGACAUGGUGGAUGGGAAGGUUGUCAAAGUCCAUGAGGAAGAAUUUGAAGAAGCAAUGCCCUAGAUGGACCUCUUGACUCACCAGUUCUAAUGCUGGCUAAAAAGCAAAACAAAAAUCUGUCUGACGCACUUGUGCCUUAAAUACACUUACAUUAAAUUGGGCAAUGCUGAUCCAUCAAAUAAAAAAGUUCUCAAAAAUUAA